CACUUCCGGUUAAAGUUCGGAACGGAAGUUGAAGUUUACGCACUGUUCCACGUGUGAUAAUGUUUUGAAUUUAACAAGGUGUCAUGGGGAAAAAUAGGAAGAAUCAAGUUAACAGGCCAGAUAACCAAGUGGACAAGGUCGGACGAAACCAGAGUAAAAAGAAGCAGAAAAGAGAUGGCAAACCCAAGAAACCAGAGGACCACCUCCAACACAUUCCUUUCAGGCUUCGAGAGAUGAUGAAGAGCAAGGAAAAAAUGAAAGCAGGAGCCAAAACGCUCAGAACAGCCACCUCCCCUCACCAUACACAAUAUGGUGCCCCAGAUGGAGACAUCCCUGUCCCACAUUUCAGAAGAGGAAAACAUGAAAGUGUAGGCUCAUAUGUCAGUCGCAUGGAGACCGAGACAAAACACGUCUUAUUCCUCACAAAGAACCAAGUGGACAGAAAGCCUGAGCUUGAUGCAGACGAACAGGAGAAGCUUGCAGGCAAGGAAAAGUCAGAGAAAAAGAAAGAGUAUGCUAAAACGAGACUGAACAAGCUGCAGCAGAAAAAGCUCGACAAACAAGAGACCAGAAUGGAAAGAGAGAUGUUUGUAGAUAACGUUCCAUUUGGUGAAGUUGCUAUGGCCCCUCCAUCGCUCAGUGCCAAACCCAAAAAGGCCCAGGUUAAAAAUCCGAAGGCUCCGAAGCAGCUGCUUCUCAACUCUCUGCUGGGCCACACCGCAGCCUCCACAGCGAAACCUUCCAUGGCCAGACAGAGACUCGUGGAGGAGGAGAGACGGCGAGUGGUGGAGGCCUACCGUCAGCUCAAGAAACAGAAGCAGAGCAGAAGUGCAAAUCCAUGAAGUGGGGACUUGAAUAAAACCUCUUAAAUGGAGUACUUGUACUGAAGGGCAGUGAUCUGCAGGAACUGACGAGCAGACUGUGUCAUUUUGGAGCUGCAGUCUGUAAACACAGUGCACAUUUUUCAGGGAGAUAAGUUUAAUUUGCCUCCGCAGGCUGUUAAUAUGUGAUAAAUAAUGUGCCACGUUCAUAAUCACGUUAAGUAAAUUUAAGAGUCACGUGUUUUGUGGCAUUGCUCAAUAACACACAUGGGGAGUGGUGGCACAGUGGUUAGAGAAGGUG